AAUGAGUUUUGCCUAAUCAUCAACUGGAUAACCAACACCUUAAGCUUUAAUGAGCAUUUGGAGAAGUUAAGAUUCAGAUCCUCCAUACUUCAGUAUUUCAAACUUAUAAUGUAGUAAAUUUUUAGAAUUCUUUAAAAUAUCCAAGAGAUGAGAAAUUUACUGAGAUGAUAACUUACACCUGUCUUCCUACUUUUAAAUUAUAAAGCAUGACAACAAUUCUUAUCAUACUAAAUUCGUUUUACUUUAUCAUUUUAAUAGUAAGUGGUGAUAUAAAGGAUGGUGGAUAAUUUCUUGAACCCAAUUAAAACGUAUAAAUUGUUAGUUUAUUCAUAGUCUCUAUAUUCUUUAGGUAUGCUUUAUCCAUACAGGGUUAAAUAUGAAUAAGAGAUUUAACGGUUGUUUUUAAGUCUUCUCUUAUAUUCAAAUUUCAUAAAUUAUUUUUCAUGCUAGGUUGCCGUUGCAAUAUUUGGGUCAUACGUAGAGAAAUUGUUAGGUUGGAAGAAAUUAUGGAUGAUAAGUAUAUUUGGUGGAUUUGGAGGCACAUUACUUAGCUGUUGUUAUACAUCUAAAUUGCAUAUUAAUGGUGUUUUAGUACCUUCAACCUUUGAUGGAGUGCUGUUUGGGUAUACUUUAUUAAAGUGGGAUAAAUGGAGUUAUUCAGGUUCAGGGAGAUAUUAGAUGGUUGGAAUGAUACUUGGUGGCUUAAUCAUAUUUUUCUGGUAGGCAUGGUAUUGGGAAAUUAUAGAUUACAUAGGAAUCCUCGGUUCUUUUGUAUUUGGUACUUUAUUGGCAUUUGCAUUUGCUAAAUAAUUGAUGAAAAUGUACUAAUUAUCUUAUCCAUUUAUUAGAGAUUAUGAUAGCGAUUUAAAAUGUGUAUAAAUUUCAUCAAUUAUUUUAAUUGUUGUGAUUUUAGGAAGCGAAAUAUUUUAUUUCUUUUGGAUUUCUUAACCUUUAAGAUUAGAAAUUUGA